AUGUCUUCCACGAGGGCGCUAUUCGUUGUUGAUAUCCAGAACGAACUUAUAGCCGAUCCUGACACCCGUAUUCCUAAUUCUGAGCAGAUUAUCAAGGCAACGGAAGAAAUCCUUAAGGUUUCUAGAUCGAUCCUUGACUCCUAUGAAGGCAGUAACAGCCUAUUACCCUGGCUUAUUGUUUUCGUCCAGCAUGAGGAGUCUCCGUCCGAGGGAACUAUGUUGAGGGGCAGUAAGUCUUGGGAGCUGUUUUUCCCUCCUCGAUCAAACCGGCAGGACGAGAUAGUAGUGGCGAAGAGCACGGGAGAUACUUUCAAGUCAAAUAGCGAUCUCGCGCAGAAGCUCCGUGACAGAAAUAUCACCGAGAUUGUCAUGUUCGGUCUCCAGAGUGAGGGCUGCGUGGAGGCGACGUGCACGGGGGGCGCUAGCCGCUGGAUUUGGGGUGACCGUGCUCUCCGGCGCGCAUUCGACCUAUGA